GAACCUCCCAAAAGCUUACUUUGUUUGACCGCCAGCAGCAUUUACCUUUCUGGGGUGGGUGCCCUUAAAUAUCCAUCUACGUACACUCCCUCAAAUCAAAGACACAAGAGCUGAAAAACGAGAAUUCAAACCAAACCACCACGCUUUGAAUUCUUCAAACAACUAGUGUGUCCUGCGUGCUGCCACCAGAUUCUCAGUUUGGAAUUCAAAACCUGCUUCUAAUUUUUUCCACAAUUCAAAGCACCUCAGAGCCUAUAUAUAAGCAAAGGUAGCCACUGUGAUAGACCCAUCUUCUUCAAUCUUCACCAUAACAAAACCAGAGUUAGAUAGAUAUAUAUCUUCAUUCACACAUACAUCACUCUCUGUCUUGAAGCUGAUAGAUAAAUUGUCGCUUCCAAAGACAUGACAUUGAUUUUAAGACCAGAACAUGUGAUCACUCAAAGAAGCCUCUCGUUUGUUAAAGAAAUGGAAGAGCAGAAUCAGAACAACAUGGACCCAGAUGCUGUUGUUGGGAGCAAAACUGAAUUCAAGUGUAAAGCUGUGUCCAUGCUUUCAGUUUCUCUGCCUGAACCAGUGGUUUUCUCUUCCCCUAGACCCGUUUCUGAGCUUGAUGCUGCUGCAACUAAGCUUCAAAAAGUGUACAAGAGUUACCGCACAAGAAGAAACCUUGCUGAUUGUGCCGUGGUGGUGGAGGAGUUGUGGUGGAAAGCGUUGGACUUUGCUGCUCUUAAACGAAGCUCUGUUUCGUUCUUCAAUGUUCAGAAGCCAGCUUCAGCAGUGUCAAGGUGGACAAGGGCCAAGACAAGAGUAGCUAAGGUUGGUAAAGGUUUAUCUAAGGAUGAAAAGGCACAAAAACUAGCACUGCAACAUUGGCUUGAAGCUAUUGACCCACGUCAUCGCUAUGGACACAACCUGCACUUGUAUUAUGAUAUUUGGUUUGAUAGCCAAAGCACUCAACCAUUUUUCUACUGGUUGGAUAUUGGAGAUGGCAAAGAAGUAAAUCUUGAGAAAUGCCCAAGGAACACUCUGCAUCGCCAGUGCAUUAAGUAUCUUGGACCAAAUGAAAGAGAAGAAUAUGAAGUUAUUGUUGAAAAGGGAAAGCUGGUGUUCAGACAGGAUGGGAGGCUUGUGGAUACUGAUGAGAAAUCGAAAUGGAUAUUUGUUCUGAGCACCACAAGGGCCUUGUAUGUGGGGAGAAAACAAAAGGGUACUUUUCAGCACUCUAGCUUUCUUGCUGGGGGUGCAACCACAGCAGCUGGAAGAAUGGUGACCCAUGAGGGUGUUCUUGAGGCUAUUUGGCCAUAUAGUGGUCACUACCACCCAACAGAGGAGAACUUCAAGGAGUUUAUAAGCUUUCUUGAGGAGCACAAUGUAGAUCUCACCAAUGUAAAGAGAUGUGCCAUAGAUGAUGAUACUCCUUCAUUUAUUGCCACUAAUGAAUCACAACAAACUAUGGGUCCUUCAUCAGCAAUUAAUGUGAAUGAUAGCAACAUGGUGACAAUUCAUGAAAAUGAUGAUGGUGGUGUAUUUAACCUAUCCAAGAGGUUGUCUUGCAAGUGGUCCACUGGGGCUGGACCUAGGAUUGGGUGUGUAAGGGACUAUCCUGAACACUUGCAAUCAAGAGCAAUGGAACAAGUCAAUUUGUCCCCAAGACCCACUUCCGCAUUACUCAAUAAACGUUGCCCAAUUCCUUCACCCAGGCCCAGCCCAAAAGUCAGGAUGUCUCCCAGGCUUGCCUACAUGGGAUUGCCCAGCCCAAGAAACCCAAUUCCAGCAACAAACUAAAUGAAACUUCAUUGACAAAAAAAAUAAAGAAGCUUCAUAGUUGACCAUAAAAAUGGAAGCUAUGGUCAUGGCAGGGUAGAGGGCACUUCUUGUGGCGGCAACAAGUAAAUGAUGAGAACAAAGGACUAGUGACUAACAGAGAACACUUCAUUUUUUAAUUACUUUUUAUAAAUCCACAAACCGUUUAUUUCUUCAUUCUUUUAGGAACUUUGUAUUUCUCAUGCUUAAGAGUGACACCAAUUUUCGCCUCUUUUGUUUUUGGGAAGGCAGCUGAAAGAUUCACUUAAUCUUUAUGUAGUACAGUGCAGAUAUUAAAGCAUGACCUCAUUUCUUUGUUUUCAA